CCCCAAGGCCAUAAUCAAAAGAAGAGGAUGUUUUUGGAAAGCAAAGAAAAUGUGAAGCGCUUGAAGACUUCAGAGCAAAUUAAUGAAAGUAUUUGUGUAGUUCUAGAAAGGCAAACAGCAGUGCUAGAACAGGUCAAACAUUUGAUUCGACAGGAGAUGUGUAGUAUAAAUUACAAACUCUUUGAUGAAAAACUGAAUGAAUUGAGGGAACGCAUUGGGAAGACACAAUGCAGGAAUAAACAUGAAGCAAUCGCUUGUGAACUCUUUGUAAAAGUGACAAGACUUCGCAGACGUAUUAAAGCAGUAUUACCUCAGAGGAAUUGUUUGGAGUCUAACACAUUAUCCAGUAAUACAGCCCGUAAGAUUGGAAAUUCACAGGCCACAAAUUUGGGUAAGAAUCAAGAGUCGGUUAGUGGUCCAAAUGAGAAAGCGGCUUCUGUGAACUGUGAACCUUUUAACCCUUCAGAAAAAGCAAGGGAAAGGAUUAAGUUGUCUUCGGAUAGUGUUGAGUUUGUUUCUGAAAGUAACGAUGAUGUUAUGUUGAUUUCUGUGGAGAGUCCUAAUUUGGCAACUCCAGUUACAUCAGAUCCAACAGAUACUAGAAAAACUACGUCAGGACAUUCCAGCAGUUCAUCUAGUGCUGUAAUUGAGGUUAGGGUAGAGAAGAGGAAACUUGAUUUUGUUAUUGAUUUGACAAGAGAGGGCCUGUCCAACUGCAGCACAGAAAGUCCAGCAUUCACCAUGGAGUCACCUUCCAGUGAUGUUUUAAACUCAAAAGAAAUAACCCCAGUGGCAGAAAAUGGAUCCGAGGAUUUUGAGUCCUUAGAUCACCUGCCACCUCUCCCAGAACCACCACCACCACUCCCUGACCUGGUGGACAAAAUCCGAGACAUGCUUCCUCCGCAGAAGCCUGAGCUGAAAGUGAAGCGGGUCCUCAAACCCUUGGGCAUCGCCCUGACUUGGAACAUCACCAAGAUUAACCCUAAGUGUGCUCCUGUGGAAAGCUACCACCUCUUCCUGUGCCAUGAGAGCCCCAGGAAUAAGCUGGUUUGGAAGAAAAUUGGAGAAAUUAAAGCGUUACCACUCCCAAUGGCCUGUACUUUAUCUCAAUUUUUGACUUGCAACAAAUAUUAUUUUACUGUGCAGUCAAAAGACAUUUUUGGGCGAUAUGGACCAUUUUGUGAUAUAAAAUCUAUUUCUGGGUUUUCUGAGAACCUUACCUAAAAGUCUUACUGUUUACAAUGUAAUUCUAACACUAUUCACCAUUUCCCAGGGCCAGUUCAGAUUGUGAACCUUUUGUGUGGAGACAGUCCUCUUCCCUGUGUUGUAAGUGGCUUGUAGUUUCAUGAAUUUCUAACUUACCUUCAGUGUGUUCUUCAGUGUAUGUGUUCUCAGACUUACACCAUCAUGGACCAUGUUGUCAUGGUGUUUUUUAAUUCUCUUGGUGACUCUGGAAUUCCUUAUGUCAGUCCUGGGAUACAAGCAGUCACCUUUUCCUCUUAACAGUUUUUGGUGACCUGCAGGUGGUCUGUUUUGUUUGAGGCUUUUCGUUUGUUUUUUUUGUUUGUUUGUUUGGUUUGAUUUUGUUUUUAGAAAAAUCAGCCUUUUCCUGAGGCCAGAUCACUCCUGUGGUGCAUCUCCACCAAGAUUUGUGCAAGUAAAUGUCUUCCUGUUCUGUUUGAAUUCUAAGUGAGCUGUUGAUUUGCACCUGUCCUCUUUAUUUUAUUUUAUUUUAUUUACCUUUGCCUACAUCAGUCAUUUGGAGAAAUAGUCUGGGGGUUUUGCCUAAGGCUGUUUGUAUAAUUAUAUAUAAAAUUUGUUAAACAUUGUGUGCUAUGUACACAAAAACCUAGAUUUUCUCAUGAAAUUGUGUAACCUGUUUGGUUGUGGAGUUUCCUGCCUUAGAUUUAAGGUUUAAUUUGCAGAUUCCCUGCAAAUUAAAUUUCCUGGCUACCAGCAGUACUCAGAGAACAUAACACUCAGAGAUUCUAGACGGGUCUUAUGCAUGCAUACCUCUCCCCUAAGUAAUACUGAAGUGAAGCACAAGCAGCCCAAGAAAUGUGAGAUGUGUAAGGUUCCAAGGCAUAGCAAAUAACUAGGAUAUUGAGAAACAACAAUAAAUACUGUCUGAAAGAGGGCAUUCUUUCUAGGUACAUAGUGAGAAUUCCGAUUCAAAUGGAAUGGUUUUCCUUGGCAUUUUGUGAAUGCCUUUAUAUCUUCACUCAUAAUAAAGCUGUUAUUUUUGUCAGUCUCCUGUGUCUUUACAAAGCAUGACUUAAAAAACCAGGUUUGGAACUGUAUCUGGUUGAAGUGACUUGCCCACUCAGGUCCCAUUUCAGGCUCACUGGUGGAAGGUACCCUGCAGCACAGAACAAGGAUCCACUCUGGGUGAGGAGUAUACCCUUCAGUGCAUGUAAGAUGAUACUGUAACAAGGUUCUGGUGCCCAUCAUCAGUGUGAAACCACAUCCCCAACCAACAGGCCCUCUGGAAAAAUUAUGGUGUGAGACUCAGACAAAAGAGCUGGUUACAGAGGAAGGCUAAGAGCAGACAUCUAUGGCGGCAGCUCAGACAGCAUAAGUGUUUCUUUGGAGGUGCAGGGUAAGAUUCUCACCUGUUAAUGUUUCAGUGAUACCAGAAGUCCAGCCCAAGAACAAGAAAAUCCUGCCAACAGCAGAGAGGACUAAUGUCCACCUGAUGAAACAUCACCUGAGUUUUUAGUUCACUGAGAUGCCUUUAUGCCUCCAUUAAGCAAAAAUCAAAAUGACUGAUGAACAAACACUGAACUCAUUCAUGGAAUCCCCAGGAAGCCCAGAGACAGGCUUGGGAACUAGGAGGGAGGAAAGCCUGUUUUGCAGCAACCCCAAGAAGGUUCAGAUUUGCAGAGGCUUAUGCAGUUCAGAUUCUGCCAUGUGAUGUAAAGGUACAUAAGGUGUCUUUCGCCCAUUUUGAAGAUGAGGAAACAGGCCCAGAAUACUAAGUGCUUGCCCAAGAUCACAGACAAAAUCAGUAAGUGGAGCCAGAAUUCAAAUUUGACUUCCUGGUUCUUGAGUUCACACUAUGUCCACCAUACGCUUCUGCAUGGAUGCAACAGAAGAAUUUAUGUCAUCCUUACUUUUUGGGGCUCCAUACUGGAAUCCAAAAAUCACAAGGUGAAGUAGGGAAGCAAACCUGGCAUUUUUGUCUUCAAAAAUUACAUUAUUGUCAUAAACUGUAGUCACUGUACUAUGCCAAGAACACUGGUUUAUUACCUGCCAAACGGCUCCCUUUAUUACUUGGUGAUGAUUAAUCCAGUUGUCUACUUGAUUGGAUUGAGAAGCACCUAGGGGAUUAGCGAAGCUCUCUUCCUUGUGUCUGUAAGGGUGUUUCCAGAUUAGACCACAAGGGCUUUGAUGUGAUGAAUGGCUUAAUCCAUGGAUGGAUUCAAAAUUUGAGUGGACUAUUGGAAGGAGGUGAAACAGGAAGGUGGGACCUGGCUGGAAGUGGUUCACUGAAGGGGUGUCCUUGAGGGGCAUAUUUUGCCCUGACCCCUUCGUCGCUGUCUGCUUCCUGGCUAUAAAGAGGUGAAGAAGCUCCUCUACCACACUUCUGCCCAAGUUUAUGGGCAUAAUGACCUGGUUCUUGGAGAGAAAUAUUGGUCCUCAACCCUGUCACAUGCCAGAAUCCUCUGGGAAGCGAUUAAAACACAGAAAUAUCUGGACUUUUUUUUUUUCCAAUCUCUGUAGUGGGAGCCAUUCAUGGGUCUCUUUUUUUCUCUUGCCACAUUCGUAUAAAAUAGUCUCAGCUUCAGUAAUAAUCCAAGAGCAUAUUUUAAGUAUUUGAACAUUCCAAGGGUUCAAAUAAUUGGUUUAAGAAGAGCCAAAUAAAGUUAGUUUCUUUCAUAACUCAUUUGGGAUGGUCAAAAAUUAAGAAUUCUUUACUUUUGAUCUGGCCUGUUUGUGUUGUUUGCCCAAAACUUAACAAAAUACAGAUUGUUUUUAGAAGGCUCACUUGAUUGCAAGGAAGUUUGUUGGGAGGACUAUUUACAGGAGAGCUACUGGCUGACACAGAAAGCAAAGAAUACCUGGUCCCAGCAGAGGGAGAAGAAUCUCGAGUUUGAGGCCAUCUGAGCUACAUAAUGAGACCUUGUCUCAAGAAACGAAGGGCAGGGGUACAGCUCAGUGACGGAGCAUUUGCCUAGCCUACAUGAGGCCCUCCUUCCAUCCCCAGCACUGCAAAAUAUAAAUAAAAAUAAUCUUGGUAGUUUCUAGGAUGCUCCCUUAGAACUUCAGAGCAGCAGUCUGAGGGGACUUCAAAAAGUUUGGGUUCUUUGUUGGUUUUCUCCCACAUGCCUACCUUGAGAUUGACAUUCCAUCAAGAUUAUGUGAAAUGUGGAAGUUCCCCUCAAUGAAUGAAGGAUCCUGCUACCCAGAAGUGAGAUAAGAUGCCAGGCAGAUAAAAAAAAAAAAAAAAUACCAGGUGUGCAUUACAUAAAUACUCAGGAUAUGUUAUUGCUACACCAAGACCCAGCUGGAUAUUCUGCCUGUUAAGCCUGCCAAGGCUAGUGCAAGGCUGAAUUGGUAUCCCCUGCCCUUACUUGGGAACUUGGAUCAGAAGCUGGGCCCAUCAACUUAUGCUUCAAGUCCUCCAGUAUGACCCGUUGCUGACUGUGGAUUCUUGGCCACCCUCUAGUGGUCAUGAUGAUGGGAUGCACCUCUCAGACUACCAGAUUCCUAGGGAUGAUAAAAGACUCCACCCAAGACACGGUUUGGUUGCCUAGAUAGGAACUGAAAAAUCUAAAUAACCAGCAAAAAGUUACAAAGUGCGUGAUUCUCUGCCAGCAAAGGAAGAAAAAUCCUACAAUAGAGACAAAAAGUUUUUUCUGAGAUGUGUUAGCAUUUAUCUGCAUCCCAUGUAGUAGGUUAAAUGGUGCCUGCCCCUGGAAGAUAUGGUCACAUGCCUUUAUUUAGAAAAGAGUCUUUUUAGAUGUAAAUAAGGCUCUCAAGAUCAUCUUGGAUGCACCCUAAAAUGAAUGACACAUAUCUUAAAAGACACAUGGAGACGAGACAGUGAGGAGGAGGCUGUAAUGUGAAGACAGAGGCAGAGUUUGGAGUGGUACAAGCCAAGGGAUGCCUGGAUCUACCAGGGUUUGGAAGAGGCUCCAUAAGGGCCUUUGGAAGAAUGUGGUUCUAUUGAGUUGGCUUUUAACUUCUGGCUUCCAGAACCGUGGGGAAGUUAAUUGCCAUUGUUUUAAGGUACCACGUGUGUGGUCCUUUGUUACUGCAGCCUUAGGAAACUGAUACAGUCCAUUUCCAUGGGGAACAUGACUUGUUUAGUACAAUGACACCAGGUCCUUACCCUGUGGAGAUUGGUCCCCCUAGAUACGCUUACAUUCUCACAUGUGCUGGGAGGCAUUUAACUCACCAAUAGGGAAGAUGAAUUAGAAUAUGUCACCUCAAAAUAUGCCACUUUGGCACAAGGAUUAUUUUGAGCUGAAGACCAUUGAGAGUUUUCUGUACACCCUUUUUCUGCCUGAAAGCAAGGCAGAGUUUCCCUUUUAAAGGUAUACCCCUCUCAUACCAGGGUAAUCAGAGAUGGCAAAGAUGAUUACAAAGCCUUACCAAACAAUCCUUACCCACCAUUUCCUAGUCACCUUCCCAAAAUUUACCACUACAGAAGGCCAAAUCCCCUUUCUUCUGUCUCUCCACAAUAUAUCGCCCUUCAUUUAGAGAGUAUAUAAUUGUUGCAGCAAUAUUCACAAUAGUUAAGCUAUGGAGACAGCCAAGAUGCCCCACUACUGAUGAGUUAAGAAAAUGUGAUAUUAAUAUGCAAUGGAA